AUGAAGGCCCUGGUGGGACUUUUCGCCGGCAAGCGCCCGUGGGGUACCGCGGCGGUCCUCGGAUCGGAGAAGCGUACCUAUGGGAAGCCGACGAAACCAAGGCUUGGUCUCGGAGCCGCCAACUCGCCACAAGCGACGAUAUCAGGAGCUAGCGACAUUCCUCCUUUGACUCACAGCAGCCAGAUUCGGGCACGGAAACCCGUUCAAGGGCACCCCCUUUCGGGUCUGUCGACGGGUACGCUGCUCAGGUCGCUCCUUAUCACCACAAUUUCCUCCCACCGCCUCCUCCUCAUCCCCGCUCUCAAGACAUUGUCCUUUCUCGCCAAGCCGGGACGAACCCUGCUCUUCGACGUCGACCGCAACCCGGUGCUGCACGCGGUCCUGCGCAAGACGUUCUACGACCAGUUCUGCACGGGGGAGACGGCGGCGGAGACGCGGGCGUGCGUGCAGCGACUCAAGGCGCUCGGGUUCCGCGGCGUGAUCCUGACGUACGCGAAGGAGACAGUGUUUGAUCACCUGACGCAGUCGGCGGUCGAGCACGGCAAGGUCUCCGGAGCCUCGGUCGGCGGGUUCGACGCUAACAUCGAGGACUGGAAGAAGGGCACGCUGGAGACUGCUGCGCAAAUCGAGGAGGGUGAUUACCUUGCCAUCAAGUUGACUGGGGCCGGCCGUGCAGUGACCACCGCGUUUGCGGCUAACGAACUGCCGCCACAGCAGAUGCAAGACGCCCUGGAUGAGAUCGCCGCGAGUUGCAAGCAACGAGGCAUUAAGAUCAUCGUCGACGCCGAGUCGACGCACUUUCAGAGGAGCAUCGACCGCGUGACACUAGACCUCAUGCGUCGUUUCAACCGAGAUGGGACCGCUGCUAUAUAUAACACCUACCAAGCCUAUCUGAAGCAUACAUCUGACAACAUCACCAACCACUUGUCUGAGGCCGACAAGGACGGGUUUACCCUGGGACUCAAGCUCGUCAGGGGAGCCUACAUACUCUCAGACAACCGGGCCUUGAUACACGACACCAAGGAGGAUACCGACAACGCGUACAACAGCAUCGCACAAGGUGCACUGAAGAGACAUAUCGGCGAGUUCGGCGGCGAAGGACCCGCUUCCAAGCCCUUUCCGUCGUUGGACCUGCUCCUGGCGAGCCACAACAAGGAAAGCCUCUUCGCCGCGCUGCGGCUGCAUCAGGAACGCGUGCGGAGCGACCUGCCGACGGUGCCGGUCUCUUUCGGGCAGCUCCACGGCAUGUCGGACCAGGUCAGCUUCUCCCUCCUGCAGGCCGAGGGCGAGGGCCUCGAGGGCCCAAGCGUGUUCAAGUGCUCGACGUGGGGCACGAUGGGCGAGUGCCUGGCGUACCUGCUGCGGCGGGCCGUGGAGAACCGGGACGCGGUGCUGCGGACGACGGACGAGCACCGCGCCGUGAAGAGCGAGUGCUGGAGGCGCAUGAGAUCCGUGUUCUCGGUUUAG